AAUGCCGACGUGUCCUUCGCGGCCAUUUCUCGCGUGUUUCGCCUCUCUGGCGCACGAAUAAAAGCGAGCGUGUGUCUGCGCGUGUUUCCAAACAACCGCCCGACGCACGCGCGCUAAACGUGCCGUGUGCGACGGUCAGAGAAACGUUCGUGUUUCGUCCGCGGUUCGUGAUGAUGACGAUGACCUUUGAGACGCCAUAGCCCAGCAUUUAAGGGCGCUUCCGACAAUUUGGUCGGCGCUUGCAGAGUGGCGACACACUGUGAAGCAAGCAUGGCACAAGCAGGACGGCGAGCGUCACGUAUUUCUUUCUUUCUUUCUUUCUUUCUUUCUUUCUUUCUUUCUUUCUGCGCCCCACUUUCUGGCGACUCGAGACGACCACGAGGAGAUGCGGACCGACGCGGAUCCUGUGUAGCGCUGCGACUGCGAGCGUUUGUAAACAAAGGGCGCACUGCAUAUGUCACCGUCGAAGAACGUUGCGCUGCGACAUAGCGUGCGUAUCCAUUUCUAGGAACGUGGAUUCGCGCGCAUGGGACGAUGCCACGGACAUGCAAGAAUGAUCCACAGACUCCUUACAUAUGUCCUAGGGACAUUCGGAUGUCCCGCUUCGGAUAUGUGUUGGACAUCUGCACGACGUUUGGCGGUCUAAUGGGUAUAGUGGCAAGAUAGCGAUUCCGGUUAGUUUAUCGAUGUUCAUGAAGUUUCUCGAGGCGCACAUACGCGCGAUGACAGCCGUGGUGGUUAGAGCACGAUGUCCUGUUUUUUUUUUAUUUAUUAUUUAUUUAUUUAUUUAUUUAUUUAUUUAUUACCCUCAGGGCCAAAGGCAUGGUAGAGGGGAGUGUGUUACAGCAAAUGAGAAAAGGAAACAAAUAUAAGCUGUCAGAACGUUUAAGUACAAAGGCUUCUGAUUAUACAGUUUUAGCUAGGGUUUACAACGUCAUGAUAAAUUGGCAUCAAACUAAGAUAGUAAAGCGGUAAAUACAAAAGCACUUAGGUUACAACCAUGCAGUAAACAACAACAACAAAAAAUGCUUCGAUUACACAAUGUUAGCUAGAGCUGCUCGAAAUCUUGGGUUAUUGUAAAUGGAUACGAAUUCACCAGGAAGAUGGUUUCAUUCCGUGGAUUACCGCAGAAAAAAUGACUGUUAAUUUCGGCUGUUCAGUAAUUAAUUUAAAAGAUAAUGAACAAUAUUUUUUUGUGAAAAGUAAGCCAGCUCAAGGAGUAUAUUUUCGCUGCAUAUCACGAACACUGAUCUCUAGUUUCGGGCAAUAUUUAAACAUACUACUAGCAUUGGGGAAAAAAGAAAGAAAGAAAGAAAAAGAAAAGAAAACGCCACGCUAUAUGUGAAGCGUCAUCAUUUAUGCUGACCAGCACCUAUACAUAAUGUCCUUUAGAAAAGUUUGAAAGAACCGCCAUUGUGCGUGCGAAGCAUUAUUCCCAUUUUCCCUUCUAUAUUGCAUAUCACUGGUGCAAGCUGGGUCGUCUGGUGAUUAGACUGGAGAUGAGGCGCUUGCUGUAGCCCCUCCAUCCACGCGCCACCACCGCUUCUGUAGCUGCCCACGAUAAGUGAAUCGCAAUUGUACCGUUCUUUUUUUUUUUUUUUUUGUACCACUACAUGUCUUGAUUCCUUUUUCUUUUUGGAGAACUGUAUUACGUUUAACGUUUGCAGUUCUGUGACAGGGAUUGCAUAGGUGACGUAGAAGGGCAGGUGAAACACGGUACCAUUUGGUACAGCGGCAACUACAAAUUCAAAAAAUACCGCCACAUUUAUUGGCCAGUAGCACGGUGGCCAGUAGCAAAACAGAACUUUUGCAAAAAGCCAUUAGUAAGAACUUUACAAAAGAUCAUUUGGUUUAUAAGGUAUGAUAAUUAAGUGAGCUACUUUAUAUUCAUGUGCUCAAAUUAUGAAGCAGUUGCAGCUUGGCUUGCACUCACCCUGGCUUAAGGACACGUUAGCGGCCAUGUUACCGGCAAACAAAAUGGCGCGUAGAGCUUGAGUUUUCUGCUCAUCUUCUUACAUCACCAGUUGAGAUGAGGCGCUCUGGAUAAUGUUGCCCUUAUUCUAUGAUUUUUCCGAGUUCAUUUGCUUAGACCCAGCAUUGUGACGUGUGCGGUGUCAGUGUGGUUCAAGCGAAUGUCACAGCCGGAGACCGACGCGUUGUAGCAGCGCGGCGUGAGUGCGGGUUUGCGAUCAGGCGGUGUGCUUCACCAUGGACACGAGCAAGACGAGUAGCAUAAAGUCGCUGCUUCUUCAGGCGUGGCGAGAGAGGUGGACUGAUGUGAGGUGGGGCAUCAACAUCAAGAAUGUUCUUCCGCGCGGCGUCAGUGGCGACGUGUACGAUCUCGCCGACUGCAUUUUGCAAGAAGCGUUGGUGGGUCCCGGGCCCAACAAUCUUUUUCUGUCCUACCUCACGCACUGCUUGAGCGCCCAAGUAGUGUCUUACGGAGCGGUGCUGUCGAGCAUCGGCCGAUUCCAGUCGUUCUUUAAGCCUCCUUGCAUUUUGAGCCUGCUGCAGCUCCUAUAUAGCAUACAAGCCAAGAUAACCUGCCACGGCAAUGAAGAGGAAUGCAUCGCACUAUGUAAGGCCAUAGUGGGCGUCACCCACUGGUUGUAUCUGUGCAUGUGCCACUCAAUAGGCAAGAUCGUCGAGCUCAAGCAGAGCACAGAGCACGGGCUCAUUUUGGAAAAGGCCUGCGAGUCGCUUUCCUUCUUUAGUGAGUCGACGUUCCUCAAGGCUCUCCUGUACAUCGGCAAGCACGAAGAGCCCACCGUCUACUCGCAGCUCGCGCAAAAGCAGCAAGAACUGGAAACUAAGCUGAGCCAAUCGCAGAGCUUCAGCAUACCCAAGGACACGCUGGAAGGAGCUUUGAAUUUGGUUCGCCUCGUGGACGACAUGCCCAAGAUAUCGCUGUCUUCUUGCGUUAGCGGACGCGUGCCGAAGCAGCCUCUCGUGUGUAGCCUCAAUGCCAAUGUAGCGAUAGAGGCGGUGCUGAACCCUGCCAGCGAUAUUCAAGGCACUGUCGACCAUCUUCUGCUCAUGAAGAAGCUUCUGAACCUCUCUUCUGCAGAGCUUUAUUGUGAGAUAAUUAGAGCUGGCUUCAUGGGGCUGGCCAACGGCAGCAACGAGGACCUAAAGUGGGCCGCUUUCACAUUUCUCAAGGUCCCGCAACUGCUGUUGAAAAUACACAGCGCUCGAAAGGAUGACCGGCAGUGGGAAGAGGAGCUGGAAGCUGGACUGAUGCAGCUGCUCAACUACUCUCCAUUGCUUGAUCUUACUGACUCAAAGUGUCACUGUGAUUGCCUUCAAUACCUUUUGAACGAGCUCCAAAAAGCUGAGCUAUUGACUGAAACACAGGCGAAGGCACUCAUGCAUCGAAGACAGACGAACACACAGAAGCAGAACCUACAACGACCUGAUCAGCAGACUCCGCAAGCAGGAGCUACACUGAUUCUUCGUGCUGAACCCACAGUUACUAGCAUCCUGAAGACACUCGACUCGGACUAUUCAAAGAAUCAAGAGGGUCUGCUGGGCAUCCUGUGUCACAUCAUAUCAGGAAAGAGCUUUGAGCUUAUCCUCUCUGCUGCUGCAGCUACCGGCAAACUGAGCAGCUUUGUGAAGAAGCUGAUAAAGUUCAAUGAAUAUAACAAACAGAGUAGCGGAGAAGCAACUAAGAAUGCACAAACAAGAGCACUGUUAUUCGACAUUACAUUCUUGAUGCUGUGUCACAUUGCACAACAUUAUGGUAUCCAUUCUAUGACCUUCAGUGAAGAGACAAGGGACUCUUUCUUUGCUGCUUGGGUGCCAGAAUGCCUUGCUGAAGGUGGAAGGUACAACUGUCCAGAUAAGAUGCUAGCAGGAUGUGAUCCCACUAAGGUCGAUUUGCUGUUGGAACAGUUCAUGAGCAACAGCCCAGAUUUCAAGAGCAAUCAAGCUAAGUGGCAUGAAGUGUGUGUAAAUGUACCUAUGGCAAUCAAGGAGAUAUUGAUAGCAUGGGAACAUGGUGCAAUCUCGACUGACACUGUCAAGAUGAUUCUAGACAAUGUCAAAAGCCGCAUGUGCUGCCUUCCUGUGUGCAUAUCUGCUUGGCUGUGCAGCUACAUCACUGUUUUGCACCACGAAGAACGGUUAAAGCCAAUGAACAUGCUUCAACAGUUUAUGACUCCACUUGCUAGUGAUACCAUUGUGAGCACGGAACCAGGUGGCGAGCGCUCAGGUGCACAGGAACAAUCCCUCCAACAGAACCCCUCUUACAAGGAGCGCUCAACACUGAUGGCAAACAUAAUCAAAAAGAUGAUGUAUGAUUUGCACCCACCCCAGCAUAUUCAAGUGAUAUCACAUAGCCUGACAGCCAAGACUCCCUUGUGGGAAGUUAUGGAUCAGGUAUUCAGCAUGGCUCAUUCGAGGGGCUGGAUUGAUUGGCGUGCAAUUCACAGCUUGGACACGCUUAUGUGCGUUGGUGGUCCCCAGUGGUUCACUGACACUUUAGUGAGACAGGCUUUGAAGCAUGAUCACCUUGAAGACCUUCAUCGUGCCAUUGACCUUUCUUUUGGCCUCUUUCAUGUAGACAUUGAGCAAUGUGCACUUGCUCUUUUGACUCAAGUGCUCCCGAACUACCUCCUGUGGGAAACACGACAAGACUUUCUCACUGAGCCCAGAGGCUCUGCUUUGGCAAGGCUUGUGGUUCUCAGCACAUUUGCUGCGCUGCAGGCCAGAACAAACUCGCCUACAUUGGGCAUGCAGAGGGGCGGUCGCAAACGGCCUUACUGGGACAUGGAACUUGAAGAGGCCAUGGACGAAUCCAAGCGAAUGCGGCCCAGCAAGAUAAGGCGGGGCCUCAAUGACUCUGAGCUUCUGGAUGACACACCGUUUGCAUUGCAGUGCCACUCUGAAGAAAACUACCGCUCCCUGGAUCCUUUGAGCAAGGCAGUGGCUGACACGAUGAGACUGUUGAUGGCUAUAGCCUCAGACUCUGUUAUCAGCCAGCGGUCAGUGUUCCCACUUCUUUUGUUUGAGCAGGUUGUGCUGUGUGCAGGUGAAGAGGCACACCGUGUGCUCCAGUUUGCCCCGUUGGGCCUCGUACCACAGCUGGUGCGAAGCAUGCCUCUUUUGAUGUCCCACCAGCUGAUUCUAGCCCUGAGCAGUUUGCAGACAUCCAGAGCACGCAAGGUGACUGCCAGGGCCACCUGCCAGUUGCAGAUUGCUCGGUCACUGAGCAGCACUCACCUUACUUGAUGGAAAGGUAGAUCUCCGUUGCAGUAUUGGUCUUCAAGUGUGGGGACCAAGGCCCUGUUUACACAGUAGGAACUGGCUUUUGCAGUUCUCUUCCCUCAUUACAGAUAUCAUAAUGCAAGGAUGAGCUGCUCUGGCAAAUGUAAAGCUGAAACCAUGCAGUGUUUGAUGCGGUUGAAGGAACAUGGGGGCACCUUGGUUUUUAAUGUGUUCCAAAACUCGUUCUCAUCUGCAUAUGAGCUUUGUUAAAAAGUUAGCACAAGUUUUUUAUGCAAGGUUACCAUUCCUCUUUUCAGUUCGUUAUCUGAAUAGGUUAGAAAUGGUAUUGAUGCAGGCUGGCAUGGUGCUUUCUAAUUAAGCAACAACAGCUUGGGAGCAGAUAAUUGUAAAUUUGAUAUUUUUUAAUGUACGCUACUUUACCAUUCCUUUUUCCAGUUCAUUAUCUGAAUAGGUUAGAAAUGGUAUUGAUGCAGGCUGGCAUGGUACUUUCUAAGUAAGCAGCAACAGCUUGGGAGCAGAUAAUUGUAAAUUUGAUAUUUUUUCAUGUACGCUACUUUGGUAUGUGUAAUCUUAAGGUGUGAGCGAAGUGAUGUCCUUGUAUCUUUCCACUGAAAGAGUUGAAAGCUUUUGUCCUUGCUGUAAUCAUGUCACAUGUUUACACAAUAAUGAAAUCAGAUUUGUCAGUCCUGAAUAAAACCAUGUAAUGUAACUACA